GAUAAAAGAAACUCAGUAAGGUUGAAGAGGGCCCCCUCCCAUGGCAGCCCUAAUUUACCAAUUAUUUUCGUCGACGGCGCUGCUGUCGCAGGGGAUUUACCACCUCGUCUGCGCCACAAGGAACAAGCUCAAGUCGUCUCCCCGCGAUUACGUCGCCAAGCCCUUCCAUCCCUUCCCCGGCGCCGGAGGAUAUCUCCGGCAUUUGCAGCUCUACCUCGUCGCCAUUUUCGUCUUCAUCGCCCUCCUCCACCAACUCCUCACCGCCUCCUACUCAGAUCCCCUUCUCAAAGGCCGCACCCCCGUCCACCUCUUCACCUCUCUCCAGUCCGCCGCCGUGCUCUUCUCCUUCCUCCUCCUCGCCGUCGCAAUUCUCCUCUCCGAUGCGACCUCUCUCCUCCCCCUCCCCGCCGAUCUCGUCUUCGCAAUUGCGUCGGGGCUUUUCUUCCUCCAAUUUUCGCUCUCCUCCGCCUCCGCCGCCGUCCAGACCUCCGAUCUCCAGGCUAAGUGCGAUUCCCUCUCCGGCCACGUCUCGGCUCUCUCGUCGGCGCUGUGCCUUGCGCUGGCGUGCCAGCCGAGGCUAUUUGUGGCGGACGUUGCCCUAGGCGCCUCGUUCUGCUUGCAGGGGCUGUGGGCGCUGCAGACAGGGCUUUCCCUGUACGUUGACGCCUUCAUUCCGGACGGGUGCCACAAGCUGCUGGACGUUGUGAGCGGCGUGGAGGGCUCCACCAAGUGUGAUUUGGAUGACACGAAGCUCCGUGCCAUGGCGAUUUUAGAUCUGAUGUUUGUUCUUCAUGUCCUUUUUGUGGUUCUCAUUUUAUUGGCUGUUUACGGUGCUGUUGCUAGGGCUCGCGGCGGGCGACAUGGAGGAGGAGGAUCAUCCUACGACGCCUUGCCAAAUGCGGAUUCCAGCCACAUUCAGUUGAAGACAAUGACAGGAACUCAGGCAUGAUCAUCUUCACCGUAUUACUGUAAUCUUCAAAAUGGUUUAUGUGAUCUAUGCACGUUCUUGUUUGGUUUUUGGGGAUAAAUUGGAUUUUUUUGUAGGUAUAGAUAGAAUGUGACUUGAGAUUCUCUGGGAAGUAUGAAAUAAAAGCUGAAUUUUUGUUGUUUGUGAUCUAUA